CGGAAAUCCCCGCCCCCGGCCUGCAGGGCGGCGGAGACGCUGGCGGCCCGCAAGGAUUUGAAACCGUUUGGCGGCGGCGAUAGCGGCGGCGGCCCAUCGGGAAGCUUGCAUACUGAAUUAUGGAAAUGGAAAGUGAAGAAGAACAAUGGGAGAAGCUGGAUGCAGAAUUUGAUCACUUUGUGGUAGAUAUGAAGCCUUUUGUUUUAAAAUUACCCCAUAGGCCAGAACGGCAGAGGUGUGCACUUUGGAUUAGAAAGCUGUGUGAGCCUUCAGGAACAGGUGCAGGAAUAAUGGGCAGGAAGAAUCGGAACCUGUAUGCAAAACUGUUAUUGCAUAUGCUUAAGCGAGGAGUGAUUGAAGGCCCUUUUAUACACCGACCUGAACCCGGGACACUAAAAACUUUACCUUCAUACAUGUCCAUCUAUUUUGAUGAACCAAAUCCAGCACAAGCCAAAAGUUCAAGCCCAGAAGGAUUACCGGACUGGGUAAUGGGUGAGCUGGGGACGAGCGAACACAAAUUAAAUGAAUCAUGGAAGCUUUCUUCUGGAGACAGUUAUUCUUUGGUGCAGUCGCCAACCGAUGGCCACAGGGAACAGUACACUGCGAAACUCCAAAGGACGUCACAUUCUAGGAGUCCAACCUACAGAGAAGACGGACAACAUGUUACCCAAAAGAGUUGUGAAGUUCAAUUGAAAAAAUCUGCUGUUUCUUUGGAUGACAGCGACAUUGAAGCUCGCCUUAAUAGUUGGAAUCUUGGGAUAGAAAAUCCUCGGUACCUGAGACAGAAGCCUAUCCCGGUUUCUCUGAUGACUCCAAAAUUCAGCCUGAGAAAAUCCAGCAGUUUCCAUGAGGAUCAUUUACUCUCUCGAAUGCAUGAGAAAGAGUUGGACAUGAAAACCAAAAUGAUAGAAGCUAAAUGUCAUGAAGAGAAGCUUAAACUUCAACAGAAACAUGAUGCUGAUGUUCAGAAGAUUUUAGAACGAAAGAACAGUGAAAUAGACGAAUUGAAAAUUUUAUACAAAACGAAACAAAAUGAAACGGAGGAGACUGUUAGAAAACUUGAAAAGAAAGUUCAGACCCUUAUACGUGACUGUCAAGUUAUCAGAGAGACUAAAGAAAACCAGAUUUCAGAGCUGAAAAAGAUAUGUGAGCAAAGUACAGAAUUUCUGAAUAAUGACUGGGAAAAAAAGCUGCACAACGCGGUGGCGGAGAUGGAGAGGGAGAAGUUCGACCUUCAGAAGCGGCACACGGAGAGCAUCCAGGAGCUGCUGGAGGACACCAACGCCAGGCUGCGCAGGAUGGAGGGCGAGUACACGGCGCAGACCCAGGCCACGAACCAGAUGGUGAAAGAACUGGAGUCCCGUGUCCAGCAGCUGACUGGAGAAGCAGAAAACAGUAACUUACAGAAGCAGAAAUUAAUUCAAGAAAAAUUGGAACUUGAGAGAUGUUACCAGAUAACAUGUAGUGAGUUGCAAGAAGUAAAGGCAAGGCGCAAUUCACUGCAUAAAGAGAAAGAUCAUCUUAUGAACGAUUAUGAGCAAAGUGUGAAGCUAUUACAAAACAAGUAUGAUGCUGAUAUAAACCUUCUGAAAAAGGAACACACACUUUCAGUUUCUAAGGCCUCUGGUACAAUUAAAGAAUUAGAACAGAACAUCUGUCAAUUAAAACUGCAGUUACAGGAAUCAGAACUUCAAAGAAAGCAACAACUACAGGAUCAAGAAAAUGAGUUUCAAAUAGAGAAAAGUAAUUUAAAACGCACCUAUGAAAAAAAGGUUCACGACUUGCAGAGUGAGCUUGAUAAAGAAAAAGAAGAUACUCAAAAGAAAAUCUAUAAAUUUGAGGAAGCUUUGAAGGAGAAAGAGGAGCAGCUGGCUCGUGUGACUGAGGUUCAGAGGUUGCAGGCCCAGCAGGCAGACGCUGCCCUGGAGGAGUUUAAGCGGCAGGUGGAACUGAACUCGGAGAAAGUCUAUGCCGAAAUGAAAGACCAGAUGGAAAAAGUGGAAGCAGAUCUAACUAGAUCUAAGUCUCUUCGUGAGAAACAAUCAAAGGAGUUUUUAUGGCAGAUGGAGGAUGUCAAGCAAAGAUAUGAACAGCAGAUAGUAGAGCUGAAGCUGGAGCAUGAACAGGAGAAGACGCACCUAUUACAGCAGCAUAACGCAGAGAAGGAUAGCCUAGUCCGAGACCAUGAACGGGACAUUGAAAACCUGGAAAAACAGCUUCGCGCUGCCAAUAUGGAGCACGAAAAUCAAAUUCAAGAGUUCAAGAAACGAGAUUCACAGGUUAUUGCUGACAUGGAGGCCCAAGUUCACAAGCUGAGAGAAGAGCUGAUUAAUGUGAACACACAGCGGAAGCAGCAGCUGGUAGAGCUCGGUCUUCUCCGUGAAGAGGAGAAGCAAAGGGCUGCCAGGGACCAUGAGGCUACUGUCAGCAAACUGAAGGCUGAAUCAGAGAAGAUGAAAAUAGAGCUGAGAAAGACUCAUGCAGCUGAGACGGAGAUGACGCUGGAAAAGGCCAACAGCAGACUGAAGCAGAUUGAGAAGGAGUACACCCAGAAGCUUGCCAAAUCUUUGCAGACCAUCUCCGAGCUCCAGACAGCCAUUUCCGCCCUGAAAGAAGAGAGCAGCCGGCAGCAGCUCGCUGCGGAAAGGCGGCUGCAGGAUGUUACCCAGAAGUUUGAAGAUGAGAAGAAGCAGCUGAUUAGAGAUAAUGACCGAGCAAUCAAGGCCUUGCGAGAUGAACUGGAAAACCGCUCGAACCAAGUGCGAUGCGCAGAGAAGAAGUUGCAGCACAGGGAGCUGGAGGCCCAGGAGCAGAUAACGUACAUACGACAAGAAUACGAAACAAAAUUCAAAGGGUUGAUGCCAGCUUCUCUAAGACAAGAACUUGAAGAUACCAUUUCCUCCCUGAAGUCACAGGUUAACUUUCUGCAAAAGAGAGCGUCCAUCCUUCAGGAAGAGCUGACCACCUACCAAGGCAGAAGGUAACUGUGAGGACUCACCCGAGUAACAGACAGAUGGCUUCCGUGUCCAGGCUGUUCUGUGGACUGCUAGCAGGUUUGAAGAUUUGGAUAGUGUGGCGUAAACUGUGAGAUCAGUGGCUUUUUUUAAUACUUAAGUGUAAUUAAGAUCAUAAAAACGUGCAUCACUCAUAUACUACUAGGGUGGUUUAAUUUGUGUCUGCCUAAGUUAUUUUUUUAACACUCCUUUAUCUUUUAUCUUCAUACUGUGUGUGUUUGAGUGUGUUCUGAGAAUUGCUUAUAUUGGGAAAAGAAAUGAUUUCCUAUAAUUUGUCUGGUUAAUGUUAUCACAUAGAAUUUUACCUGUUACAUAUGAUCAAAAUCACGUUUUGUAGUAUCAUAUCAAAAUUUUUAACAUGUUUACAUGUUCGUAUUCAUAGUUUAUUAAAGCAUUGUUUUGUACUUGUCAA